AUGGUACGUAUGCCCAUCCCAUCCAUUGUGGCGCAGCGCAUCCACGGCUGCUGCUUCUCUGUGUCGCGUGACGACAGCCAUUCCAGCGCGGGCCACGAUGAACAUCCCUCAGAGGUCCUCCCCGAAGCGCCCUCUUCGUCCACCACCACCUCCACCGCCGCCGCCGCCGCCGCGCGCAGGUCUAACCGACCCAACCUCCCGCCGACCACCCCCCAUAUAGUCGUCCGGACCUCCUCCGACCAGUUCCCCCUCGACGUGCACUUCAACGCCCCCGUCCGCCAACAUAUCUGGUACAGCAAGCGCCGCGCGUGGACGCGCACACAGCUCGACCGGGAGCGCCGAGAGUUCUUUGAAACCCGAGUCACGGGACGGUCGGAGAUCUGGGCUGCACUGUCGACGGCCAUCGCCCUGAUGUGGGCGGGCGAUCUCGCCACCGCCCAGAGUAUCGUCGACGCGGCUGGCGUCACCGUCCCCACGGGAGAUCUCUGCCAGGGCUGCUACGACGAGCAGGGCGUGCUCUAUCGGCUGCCACAGUGCAUCGUGAGCGAUCCCCAGAAUAUAGUCCGGGAACCGCUCCCCCGUCGCGACGAUGAUGACGACGACGACGACUUUGACACCGACCACGGCAAGCUAUCCCUAGACGAGGCAUCAGACGACGAACUCAUCUCAGACGAACUCGAGCGCCGUCGCGACGAGAAGGGGAAAACGAGCGAGCGCGAUCUCAUCCACAACGUGGCGUUCAUUGCCCGGAAAGUGCAACAGGAGGCGGGAAUCGCCAGGAACCAGCGCGUGCGGAUCGCAUAUCUCGGGAGAGUCCUCAAUGAACACGUUCCCCUCGUUGACCAAGGAUGGAAUCCAGCGCACGUGGUCAACGCCUUGGUCGUUUCUCGACCGUCUUUAUCUUAG